ACAACCAUUUUUUGGAGCGCCUGGCAAUUUUUGAUAGCAUGGAUUACAUUGAGCAUCUAGAAAUUGAAAACUUUAAGAGCUACAAGGGACAUCAGCUGGUCGGGCCAUUCAAAGAGUUUACAGCUAUAAUAGGCGCCAAUGGUGCAGGUAAGUCUAAUUUGAUGGAUGCCAUUAGCUUUGUGUUUGGCGUCCACACGUCUACGCUCAGAGGUACACAGCUGCUGGAUCUUGUAUAUAAGUUUCCAGAGGAAGGGGGAAAUGCGAGGCGCGUUAGAGGCUAUGUUAAACUCGUUCUUGUUCGAACGGGUGACAAGAAGAUUACGUUUCAGAGAAGCAUAUUGGACAGUGGCGGGAGUGAAUACAGUAUUGACGGCUUGAUAGUUCGAUGGGAAGAGUACGAGUCUUGCCUCAACGAGCUUAACAUCAACGUCAAGGCAAAAAAUUUUUUGGUUUUUCAGGGUGGAGUGGAGCGAAUUGCGCAGAAAUCACCGAAGGAGCUGACGGAGCUGAUAGAACAAGUGAGUGGUUCUCAUGAGUUUCGAGCAGAGUACGAGCGUCUUGCGAUAGACCGAGACAAGGCGAUGGAGAACGUGCAGUUCAUUUUUAAGAAGCAGAAAGGGAUGAGGGCAGAAAAGAAGCAAUACAAGGAACAGUGUCGUGAGGCGGAUGUGUACAACGAAUUGAAGGAUCGAUAUUGCCAGCUUCAGAUGCAGCAGGUGUUGUUUCAGUUGUUUUACAUAGGGAAGGAUAUAGAGUUGCUGAGCCGUGAGAGACAGAAGGGGAGAGACGAGUUGGCGUCGAUUCGGGAGAAGCAGAACAAGGUAGAGAAGGUGUUAGAAAAGAAGCGAAAAAGCUUGGCUGAGAAUCAGCAGGCGCUGGCUAAGGUGAAGCGUGAGAUGGACGUCAAGAAGUUACAGAUUGAGAAGUAUGGUUUAUCGGUGAUUCGGAUGCAGAAGGAGCUGGAGCACUUGGACAGGCGAAAAGAGAGCAACAGACAGAAGUUGAAUGCGCUUUAUGAUUUACAAAGGAGGCACCAGGAGAAGGUGGAGAGUUUAGAGAAGGAGUUGGAGGAGUUGGAGGCGGAGGAGAAGAGAUACAAUGAGCAAGAGGAGAGGCUUCAGCGAUCUACUAAGGACGUGAAUUUAUCUAAGGACGAGUUAGAGGAGUGGUAUCGGGUGAAGGAUGAGGCCAAAUUGAAGACGGCGGCCGAGCGUGAUUUGCUUAGCCGCGAGGAAAGGUUGCAGGAGGCGGAUGAGUCGUUGUUGUCACAGAAGUAUGAGGCGGAGAUGGAGGAUUGUCGAGGCAGGCUCAGGGUGCUGGAGGAGCAGCGAGUCGCGUUGGUGCAGAAGAGGGAGCAGUUGUGCAGGUUGGGGGACGAGGCGGCUGGGGAGUUGGAGUCGAUGAGGAGGGAAUUGGAAAGGGUGAAGCAAGAGAGUAUGGCUACAUGUGAGCGACAGAGGGAGUUAGAGAAUCAGUUGAAGGAAGUCCAGGAUAAGCUGCGCGAGAUGAGGGUGGACGUAUCGGAAGCGGAUCGUCGGAAUCAGAUGGAGGAGUGCUUAAGUACACUUCAGCGCUUGUUUUCUGGCGUGUAUGGGAGGGUGUUUGAUUUGGUUAAUCCGAGCGCGCCGAAGUACAAGGUUGCGUUGACGGUGGUGCUGGGAAGCAAUAUGGACUCCAUUGUUGUUUCGAGUGAGAAGGUGGCGAUUGAGUGCAUUAAGUACAUGAGGGAGCAGCGAGUGGGGAUAGCUACGUUUUUGCCGUUGGAUGGGAUAAAGGCGGUUCGUGUGGACGAGCGUCUUCGGACAUUGCACCCAGAGGUGAAGCCGAUGGUGGACGUAUUAGACUAUGAGCCGCAAUAUCAACGUGCUGUAGAGUACGUUUGCGGGAACACGUUGGUGUGCGCAGAGUUGGAUUUGGCUCGGAAGUUGGCGUUCGAGCAGCCGCAGAGACACAAGGUGGUGACAUGUGACGGGACUAUGAUUACGAAGAGUGGGUUGAUGACGGGAGGGAUAUCCGGCGUGGAGGCUCGAGCGCAUCGUUGGGAUUCGAAGGAGGUGGUGCAGAUGAAGAGCAGGAGAGACCAACUGAUAUCGUCUUUGUCUGAGGUUACACAGGCGAUUAGCACGGCGCGUUACCAACACUUACAGUCUACAGUGUCCAAGCAAGAGUCCAAACUGAGGUCGCUGCAACUGGAGAAGGAGCUUACGGAAAAUCGUCUGCAGAAGCUUGAGGAGAGCAUUCGCAUGUUGGAGGGUUCUAUAAGUCAGCUCCAUCCGGAAUACGAGAAGCUUUGCUUAGUUGUGAACGAGAGGAGAAGGAAGAUUGAAUCUAUGAGGGCGUCCAUUCUCCGCAUUGAGGACGAGCUAUUCGAUGCCUUUUCCAAGAAGGUGGGCGUUGACCACAUUCGCGAGUGGGACGAGAGUCGGAAGCAUCGGAUGAUGCAGCAAGCAGAGACAAGGCUACGAUUUGCCAGUCAGCGCUCUAGAAUUAACAAUUUGAUAGAAUACGAGAGGCAACGCGACGAGGGACAGGGAAUACAAGAUUUAGAGAGGCGAAUGAAAGAGGAUGAAGAACUGUGUGCGAAGACGCUAGGCGAGAUCAACAUGGCUCAAGAUCAGCUGAACAAGUUGCAGGACGUUAGCUCUUUGAGGCAAAAGUAUUCUGAGCUGCAGCGGCAGGCCAGCGAAUUGGAAAAUGAGUUGAAGUCGUUGCAUAGGGAUUAUGAGGUUCGUCAGAAGUUAUAUAAUCAAGUGGCGAAGAGAGUUGACUCAAAGGACGCCGCGAUUUAUCAGCACAAGGAGAGGCGGCACCAGAUUUACAAGUCAAGUAUCUUAGACGGUGUCGAACUUCCCGUAGUUAGAGGCAUUGAGUAUUUGCCUGACAUUUCCGGCGGCAGUUCGGCAGCGAUGGGCGAAUUGACGACUUCGGCGACCAACACGGAGAGCCAGAGCGCCAGAGAUACGUUAUCCAGUGAAGAUCGGAUAGAGGUCUCUUUUACGCCUCAUUUGAGCAAGAAGCUCAUGAGUCUUCAGACCCUGUCUCAGCGAGACGAGCAAGAAGCUCUGUUUUUAGAACAGCUUCAUAAUUUGAGCGUUCAGAUAGACAAAAUCGCGCCCAACAUGAAGGCAACCGAGCACCUGGAAGAGGCCAACAAAAGAAUCGAGAAGAUGGAUCAGGCGUUCGAAGAAGCCAAAGCUCAAGUCCGCGACUUGAUUAGCCGAUUCGAAACAGUGCGCGAACAGAGAAACGAACGCUUCAUGAAGGCCUUUCAUUGCAUAAGUUCCCAGAUCGACACGGUCUAUAAGGGGCUCACCAACCAAUUUGGAAUCGCCCAUCUGACGCUGGAUUCCAACGAUGAGCCCUAUCUGCAUGCCACACGCUUUUCCGCCGUACCUCCUUACAAAAUGUACCACGACAUCGGAGAUUUGUCCGGCGGCGAAAAAAGCGUUGCUGCGCUGGCUCUUCUAUUCGCCAUUCACAGCUUUCGCCCUAGUCCUUUUUUUAUCUUGGACGAGGUCGACGCCGCUCUCGACCAUACCAAUGUCAAGAUUGUGGCACAGUACUUCAAGGCACAGUCCGAGCGCCUCCAGCUGAUCGUGAUCUCACUGAAAGAUCGCUGCUUUGAGCAUGCCGAUGCGCUCAUUGGCGUGUAUAUAGACCGCUCGGCAGAAGACAGCUCGAAAAUCAUCACUCUAGAUUUGACGAAGUACGAUCCGUAAACUCCCAGAACAGCUUUUUUCCGUCGGCCCUUUUGACUCCCCUCCGCGGCGGUGCGCGUGCUCUCUCGUUCGGUGUAUCUCCCAAUAAAAAUGAGUCACACGCGCGCCGACGUGGCACUUCACUUGCUCCUGUCAUCUUUUUAGAAGUACAAGAACGCGCAUUCUCGGAAAAGGAGGAAAUCGCGAUGUCACGUUGUAUGCCCCCUCGCCCGAUCCUUGGCGAAUUGCUUGUUCGUUCGUUCGGCGCGUGGAGUAUUUCAGCGACCGUGAGUUGAACCGCCUUCUUUCCACAGCGUAUUACGGAUUCGGCAACAGUUAACGCGCUUUUCAUUCCAUUAAAAAAUCAAGAAUUUAAAAUUUUUUCGAAACGGCCAACGGGGUUCUCUAGAAUCUACGAUUUUGGAUAUGUUUCGCUCUUUCGCGCAUUUUCGUGCCCUUCGUCUGCUACCUUACAAUCUGCCUGGCGUUCACCCCCCCCCUUCUCCGGCGACGCAGCAGCAAAACGUACCCUGUUCUUCAAAGAGGGGCCCCAUUUGUGAACUGACGAUUCUCAAUGCCCUUUUGAGAAUAUCCACUUUGCCCCUUGCGUUCAGCGGUAGUCCAAUUGCUUUCACAGCCGAAUCAUUGUGUUGCAGCCUACAUAAAAGGCUGCACUUGCCCACCAAAAGGUGGACGUCAUGUUGUCAAGUAAUUUUCUGAAGAGUGCCUGUUGUCAAAGCGGAACUGAUCUGCAAAGCUGGCACCAUUUGGCUGCGAUGCCAAGAUGAAGUUCAAUUUUAGGGUGUGCGAAUUGGCAUUUUAUUGAAAAUUCGGUAAAACUCUAUUCAACGGAUGGGCACGCCUUGUCGAUGGUGCGAUGGAAAGCUGCGCAAAAUUGGUUUGUCAACUGACAGACAGCGCAUGGAGGUGGGGCUG